UGUCAGGGUUGCCGGGUGUGCGAAGGCGGCGGAGGCGGGAAGGCGGCGGGAGGUUGAAGGGAGCGAUUGCGGACUUGCAAAAGGGAAGGAGAAAGACUGAGCAGUGAUGGUGAUGGCGGCUAAGAAGGGCCCAGGCCCAGGUGGCGGGGUCAGCGGGGGCAAGGCGGAGGCGGAGGCGGCCUCGGAGGUGUGGUGUCGCCGGGUGCGGGAGCUGGGCGGCUGCAGCCAGGCCGGGAACCGUCACUGCUUCGAGUGUGCCCAGCGCGGGGUCACCUAUGUGGACAUCACCGUGGGCAGCUUCGUCUGCACCACCUGCUCCGGCCUCCUGAGAGGCCUGAACCCACCUCAUCGCGUCAAAUCCAUCUCCAUGACAACUUUCACCGAACCUGAAGUGGUAUUCCUGCAAUCCCGUGGAAAUGAGGCUUGCAGGAAGAUUUGGCUGGGUCUCUUUGAUGCUCGGACAUCCUUAAUACCAGAUUCCAGGGAUCCUCAGAAAAUAAAAGAGUUUCUUCAAGAAAAAUAUGAGAAGAAAAGAUGGUAUGUGCCCCCAGACCAAGUCAAGGGGGCUACUUGCACCAAAGGCGGGGCCCCCACUUCUGUCCAGGGCUCCAUCCCAGGAGGGAAGCCCCUGCGAACCCUUCUUGGGGAUCCUGUACCCCCCCUCUCGGAUGUUGCCUCCACCUCAAGCCAGUCUGUCAGCCAGUCUCAGACCCGGACAGUCCAGGCCCGGGGCUCCCAGCCCCCUCCUCACUCCUCAGCUAAGAAAGCCAGCACGGACCUGCUGGCUGACAUCGGUGGAGACCCCUUUGCUGCUCCCCAGGCAGCACCAGCUUUUGCCGCCUUCCCAGCUUUUGGGGGCCAGACACCUUCCCAUGGGGGCUUUGCCAACUUUGAUGCCUUUGGCAGCAGCCCCAGUUCUUCUGCCUUUGGAAGCCUUCCUCCAGCUGGCCAGGCCCCAUUCCAGGCCCAGCCAACCCCUGCAGCCAGUCGGAUGCUAACUGGGAGUUACAGCUUUGGGAACAGCCAGGUGACUCCGUUUGGCACUGUGCCGCUGGCCGCUGCCAGCCAACCCACCAGCCUUACAGACGUGGGCAGCCUCCUGGGACCGGGGGUGGCAGCUGGAGGGGUUCCUGGCAGUAUCUUCGGGGUGACAGGCCAGCUCCCCUCACUGCAGUCUGCCACGGCCGUCGGCAACACAGGACUUGCCUUUGGAGCAUUCACCAAUCCCUUCACUGCCCCCACCGCCGCCCAGCCCCAGCUACCUUCCACCAACCCAUUCCAGCCCAAUGGUCUGGCUCCAGGGCCUGACUUUGGGAUGAGCACUGCCGGGCCUGGCUUCCCCCAGCCAGUGCCGCCCGCUGGAGCCUUUGCCAGUCCCUUCCCCCCACCGUUGUACCCCGCACAGACCUCACUGACACACAAGAAUGGCUCUUCCUUCGUGGACUUAGGAUCCUCAAAAUUGGGGCAGAGGCCGCUGAGCCAGCCAGCUGGAAUCUCCACCAACCCCUUCAUGACUGGAUCUUCACCGUUUACCUCCAAACCUCCCACCACCAAUCCAUUCUUGUAGCACUGUGUCCCGUGGGAGGCUCUUCCCUGCUUUCUGGGGUGCCUCUGCUCCCUGGAGCUCUGGCGACCAUUUGCCUGUGGGCAUAUCUGUGGGUCUUAGACAAGAAUGAGCCUGAUUUGCAGGGGGCCUGGGGAAUGGGGGAGGUGCUAAUGUUUUGCUUAGGGCUUCCAGAAGACUCAAAUCCAGAAUCUUCCCUGAAGCUGCCUCCCUCCUCCACCAGCCCCCACCCAGAGGGACUCCAGGGAGAAGUGAAGGCAGAGCUGGUCUAGAGGAAGUACAGUAGUGUAUUUCUUAUCAAAUGAUUCUUUUAUUUUUGUGCCAGUCCUGGGGCUUGAACUCAAGGC